UCGGAGACACAUCUGGCGACAUCUGGCGGCUCGGUCGAUAAAGUCACCGAACGUCGUCAGACGGGUAAAAGUGGGACAAGGAACUAGGCAACUUCACGUUGUCAUCAUAAGGUGUUGGCAGAUAAUUACUCGCCUUACGGAUACGUUCUCAAAAGAUGCCACCCAACGCUUGUCGUGGGGACGUAUCGCCAUGGCAGAAUACAAGGCAUUACUACCCGUCAGCCCACGAGGACUCUAACACGGCCCCCGAGCCAACGCCAGCCGUCCGUGUGACCAAAGUGAAGCUAUCGCGUACAAGCACACGUAAAGUACGCACUGGAUGCAUUACAUGUAAGAAACGCCACAUCAAAUGUGACGAAUCCAAACCACAUUGUGGCAACUGCCUCCAAACCCGGGGUCAAUGUGAAGGUUAUCUCCCGGAUCAGAAGAAGAACAAAAAGUCUUCGGGGCCCGCAGAGCUGUGUUGGGAUUCCACCCAGGCCAUCAUCCCCCGUGCAGCGGCAUCACCCACGGCGCAGACGAAACUGAACACCAACACGACCGACUUCCGCGAUGACAACAGCAUGUCCUACUUCCAGGAAUUCGUCGGCCUGGUUCGAGGCCCCUGGAUGAGAGCUGUCUCUACCGGCGACCUAUGGGAAGUCAUGCUGCCCCAGUUGUCCCGCAACAAUGGCACACUCCGCUCCGCCGCCAUGGCCAUCGGUGCCUUGAGCGUGUGGUAUCGCCAGUCCGCCCACGUCUCUCUUCAUGCCAUCGCCGUACCCGACCAACCCAUCGCCCAAGGGGACACCCAUUACUUCCAGGCUGUGGCUCACUACUGCGACUCUCUCAAGAUGCAGUGCCGACGGGCCUCCGCUCAGGACGCUGUCUUCCUAUCCGUCCUCCUCCUCUUCUUUGAGACUCUCAGGGGCAACAGAAAAGCCGCCCUCGACCACGUCAACCACGCCCUGUCCCUACUUCUCGCCAUCGUGACAGACACAGACGCUCACCAUCGUCUCGCCGAUCUGGCCCCCAACCCGAAGCCCGUCAUCGGCGCCGUGGCAGAUGUCUUCAACCACCUAGCAAAGCAGGCCCGCACCGUCUUCAGGGGUCGUAUCAUCGACGGUCCGCCCCUCCCAAAUCUCGCAAGGCGCCUGCGGAGUACAAAGCAGACCAUGGAGACCUUCAUGAUGCUCCUCAACCAGACGCAGAGCGAAGCCGCCAACUCACCAGAUUCGUAUCCCGACUCCUUUGACACCCUCGAGCAGUUUGAGCAGAUAUGGCCAGCCAUGCGGCGUCACCAAGCCGCCAUGGGCGCCGUCAUGGAGGACGUAUUCAAAACCUCUGGCCUCCGCGGCGCCGACGACGACGUCACCAUCAACAAGCUCCACUUUGAGCUCUUUGGGAAUCCUCGGAUCGUUAGCUUCUGCGAAAACUUCCACAAGUCCAUGGUCAAGCUCAACACAGGCUUCCAACCCCUCUUUAACCAAAUCAUGCAAGUCGACGUCGGAUCCCCCACCUACCUCCGCGCCAUUCUCCUGCGCAUCGAGUUCAUGGGCGUCUACAUCUUCAGCAACGCGCCGGCCUUCAUAGAAGACAAGAGCGCCCGGGCUAUAACGCCGCUGUACCGCGAGUACAUUUCCCUCGCGCACAUCGCCACGAGGGCUGCCAAGAAGGAGUUCCAGACGAACCCGGCCCACCACCUGUCGCUGCAGUGUAGCCUGAGCUGGUGUCUGCUCGUCAUAUCGCUCUUCUGCCGCGACCCCCUCGUGCGUGACGAGGCCAUGUGGAUCCUGAAGGAGUACCCGGGCCAAGACGGUAUAUGGAGCAUCCGCGCUCUGUACGCCCUGGCCCUAAGGAAUCGUCACGUCGAGCGGGUGAACGCGGUGGGCACGCCCGACGAACAGUGGCGGCGGCUCUGGCGCCGCGAGUUCGUUUUUGAGGAUAGCGGCGAUCGCAUCGUGCUGCGGUACAUGGAGAAAGACGAGGCGGCGGAGAAAUGGCAGCUGGUGGAAGAGGCAGCCGAUAUCCCCAGAGACGGCGGGGAGGCCCAGUGGAAGCGGCAACCUCUCACGAUACAUAGCGGACUGCUCAUCUUGGACCUGUUUAAUGCCGUGGCUCAGGGUGACAUGGACUCGAGAUUACCAAUUGGCAGGCCGUGCUGAGAGGUUGGAAGAGAGAUAUGUUUCUAGAUGCGAUUCAAGUGACGUCUCUAAAUAUGCUAGUUUGAUACCCCCGGUAAUGAAAUUGAAUAAAACAAUAGUACAUUUACACCACGCUGCCUGUUUGAUGAGUAUGAUUUCUGCUCAAGACCUCCACAUAUUCUCACUUCGUUUACUUCCAACUAUGAGUGUUCCCACGCCUCGCUCCCACUGUGGACCGAAACUAUUGGUCCAAUGCCUGACUUUGACA